AUAACCAUCAGAUUAACAUUUAAAAAAGAGAAUUUAAUUUCACAUGUAUUGUGUAUAUCAUCCUAAUUUAUCCACACAAAACUGGACUGUUAUAAUGUUAUUCUGAAUACAGUAGUAAUAACUAAAUCACUAUGCGUUCCGGAAUAUAUAUUUUAAUAUCUCCAUUGUUGGUAGCGAGUAGUUCGGUGGCGCCGACGCAUUUGCUGGUGUCGCGUGUGGGGCCGUGUUACGAUGGCCCGAAGCCCCUCAUAUCAGUGCAGGAGCUCAGCAUCAUGACGAAGACUUAUGACUCCACGCUCACUGGCAUCAUAAACAUCACUGAAGAUAUUCCGGAUGGAUGGUCUGUUAAGGCGACGAUGCAAAAAUGUCAAGAUAUAAGGAAUGUAGAGACAUGUGACUAUUUCAAGUCGUUCUACCUGGUGAGGAGCGGCUGCGGCGCGGACAGUGACGAGGAUAGAGAGAUGUAUUCCCUGCUGUUUCAUUAUACCGCGCCCAGAAUAUCGUGUCCACUACGCGCGGGGACACACAAACUGAACCACUACCCAGUUUUCACGGAGGAUAACUAUCUUACCGUGUAUGAAGCGAAGAUAUCCACCAGCGUGUUCGGAUACACCUUCAGACUUGACGGCGCUGGAGCAGAUGGACGUAAGAUAUUCUGCGUAGAUGCCUACUUGCAGCUCGUGUACCUGCGCCCUCACAAUUGGCUCGCCAAAAAUGGCACGAAUAAAAACAACACACACAAUUCAAAGGAAGAUGACUGAUGGACAUACAAACGUUAUUUUAAUCAUUUUAAGUACGUUUUCGCAACCCAUCCCGUGCAGUCUGUUUAAACUUGAUGAUAAGCACCUAUAAUUGGUAGAAAUUACCUUAUCACAAUUGACAAUAUGUUUUCUCAUUUUGAUUUAAAGAACUGUAUUGCAACUAUGUUCCAAUAACUAAUAUAACUAAAUAUCUUCCCAGUUAUCAAUUAUGACGAUUGUAUUCCUAACCUCAUUUUUAUUUUCUCAAAUUCCGAUAAUUCUUUUACAAGUACGAAACUACGUUACCUCAGAAGAUCAUAGAUUGUAGGCUAGAUUUCGGUGGCCUCCGAGUUUUACUCGCUAGGAUCAGCGAGCAGGACCUAGUUAUAAAUAAAAGAAGAAAACCA